UUUGUGAUCUUCUUGGGACGGCUGUUCUUUACUUUACUUCAUGUGGGGUUUCUUAAAAUCUAUUUCUGGUGUUUGAUUCAGUGUUCUUCUUCUUCUACAGAAUUCGUGUUGAGUUUUUGGGGAUACCCCAGUAGUCAUAGGGCGUUGAUUUUCAUCUGGACUUCAAUUUUGGCUUCUGGGAAUGGAUUUUUUAAGUGUUCACUUACAUGAGAAUAUACUACACUUGAUGUUUGGAAGGUAGUGUACCUUGAAAUCAGCUGCUCAAUUUUAACCAUGACUACCUCUGCAAAUCAAAACAGAAAGGAGAGCUUGCUUGAUGAGGUUGUGAGCUUGGAAAAGCAGUUAACAGCAUCAAUCCUUUCCAAAGGGAUAUUACAUUCAGAUGUCGAAGAUCUAUACUACAAAGUUUGUUCAAUUUAUGAGAGAAUUUUCAUUAAUGAACACGAACAAUUAGAGCUUCAAGAUGUUGAAUAUUCUCUGUGGAAGCUUCAUUACAAGCUUAUCGACGAGUUUCGGAAGCGGAUAAAGAGAAGCUCUGCAAAUGUAGAGAGCCCAAAGUUGGGGACAGGACAGAAUUCUAAUGAUGCACAGCGAAGUAGUAGCAAUCAUAUUGCAGAAUUUAGGUCGUUUCUCUUGGAAGCAACAAAGUUCUAUCAGAAACUGAUCUUGAAAAUCAGGGAGUAUAGUGGGGUUCAAAAAGAAGGCUUGUUAUAUAAGGCUUUUGGUGUCUCUAAAGGCAUUGAUCCAAAGAGAAAGAAGAAAUGUCAAUUCUUAUGUCACCGUCUCUUAGUUUGCCUUGGGGAUCUUUCUAGGUACAUGGAACAGCAUGAAAAACCAGAUGCCCAUUCCCACAAGUGGUUAGCUGCUGCUACUCAUUACUUAGAAGCAACAAUGGUUUGGCCUGAUAGUGGAAACCCCCAUAAUCAGUUGGCUGUAUUGGCAACAUAUGUUAAUGAUCAGUUUCUCGCUAUGUACCACUGUGUGAGAAGUUCUGCAGUCAAAGAGCCUUUUCCUGAUGCUUGGGAUAACCUUUUGUUACUAUUUGAAAGAAAUAGGUCAUCUCUUAUGCCUUCCCUAUCUAGGGACGCCGAGUUCGAUUUCUUGAGACCGUCUGAGAAGUGCUGUUUAGAAAUCAAAUCACAAACCAAAGAUGAUCAUCAGUCUCUAGAGACAGACAUGUUUUCUCUGCUCAUCAGAACAUUGGCUUUCUUUUUCAUAAAUUCGAGUUUGGAGCAAUUCACAAGCACAUUUUCAUCUAUGAUGAGAUCGCUGGAUGAACUCCUGUCUCUAGAUGAUUCUGAAUUAAAUGUUUCAUUAGAGUCGUACGAACUUUUGGAUUCAGUGCGAACCGGCCCUUUCCUAGCCAUCCAAAUUGCUUCCGUAUUCAUCUUCAUGGUACAGAAUCUUCUCAGUAAAGCUACCCUGAAUGAUAUGCAGCAACUUGAGCUAACCCACUUGGCAUUGGUUGCUACCUUUGUUGUCAUGGGACGUCUAGUCGAGAGAUCGCUGAAGGCAAGCCAAUGGGAAUCAUCCCCCCUUUUACCUGCGGUGCUCGUUUUCGUUGAAUGGUUACCAAGCGUUCUUGAUGAAGUAGUAAGAUAUGGUUCUGAUGCAAAAACUAGAAGCUCCAUGUCUUACUUUUUUGGUGCUUAUGUUGAGCUUCUACAGAAGCUGAAUGUUCAUACAGCUGAGGCACAUUGUUCUCUUGCUAUCCCUCUGUGGGAAGAUUAUGAGCUAAGAGGCUUCACUCCUUUAGCUUUUGCACAUGAACCAUUGGAUUUCUCAUCGCACUGGGAACACAUCGACAACUUCGAAUUCGGAGCUGAACACCGUGCUUAUCGCAUAACGGUUGCUGCUACUAAAAUUUCGAAUAUCGCUAAGGAUUAUCCCGAGUGGAUCAUUUAUGACAAAGUAGAACAAAAUGAACUUCCAGAUAAGAAAGAACUGGAAGAUCUGGAAGACCCAACUCAGGAUGUCAAAAAAUCUCUCCCUGUUGAAGAUGAAGAAGUCAUUCUUUUCAAGCCCCUCAUGAGAUAUAAUUCUGCACCGAUCUCUAUUGCAGAGAGCGAUGAAGCUUCACCGAAAAGCAUGGAGGCUCAGACUAUAUCUUCCAAUGAAUGCUUGAGGCGUGCCACGUCGCUACUUAUAGAACAGACGCAGGGCCAGACCGAUCCCUUUGCUUUUCAUGAUCUCAGCAGAAACGAGCCAUUUGAGCAGCAGCAAGAUGUUUCAGAAGGCACCAUAUCAACUGGCCCUCCUUCACUUAGUGCCUGGGUGCUCAAUAGAGGUUUUACUUUCAACCCUGUUACAGAGAAAGGCACAAAUGGUUCUGCUAAGCCUGGUUUGCAGCCCAUUGAUGAGUUAACUCUGGCAUUCGUAAAUGGUCUUACGCUCGGCGAUACCGAUAACUCGGCCUCGAUUCCGAGCUCGAAAUCUGGAAAAUCCGACCUUUUUCCACCUCCUUCCUAUUCCACCCCAGUACCUUCAGCUCCUUAUUUACCUGAUGAUGCUGUUUGGACUAAUGCUACCAAUUCUAACAUCUCUAGGGACAUUGACCAAAAUGAUACAUUUUCAAACUGGACUGCCCCUCAAGCUACAUAUGAAUAUGGUCCCAUGAUUGGUGGUCUUACGAAUAUGUAUCCGUCAUCGCAUCGAAUGAGUUCUUCGGAAUGGCUUCGUCAAUAUCGGGAGAAUCAAGUACGGCCACCUCCCUACAAUGCUUCUGGAAACGUUAUGAACUUGCAAAGAAAUGAUACUUCAAGGUAUGAACAUUUGUAUCCAACAAUGAAUAUGGAGAGUCCAUUACGUUAUCCAGCUUUCCCUGCAGCUUACAGCACGAAUGAGAACCAAAAAAACAUGUUCUUCCAUGGUUAUGAAAGGCCAAACCUGUAUGGCUGCGGUGUUAUUGAUUUGAGAACUGAGCAGCCACCGGUUCUGCCGUAUCUAAAAGAUAAAGAGUGGCAGCUGCAAAAGGAUGCUGCUAAUAGAAGUGCUGCCUAUAUGGGGAAUUGAGGUUUUUCGUAGUUUUGUCUAUAUUCAUCGUUUACUCGAACCGAAAACUCGAAACUGUCUAAUGAAAGCGUUUGCGUUUGUAUAUACAUGUAUAGAAAGUCGAAAAAAUGAUCUCAAGUGAACGUGUAUUAAGGAAUUGUCUCGCCUCAAUAUUGCAUAAGGUUGUUUCCUUUUCUCAAAGAUAUGUGAAAGCGGACCUUCAUGUCUGGUGA